AUGGAUUUGGUUCAAACGGUACGCAAGGAAGGCAGCCGUGGCGGUGUCAACUUCUCCUGGGACGAUGUCAAGAACUCGCAGCACCGCGAAAACUAUCUCGGCCACUCAGUGAUGGCACCAGUAGGGCGCUGGCAGAAGAACAAAGACCUAUCUUGGUACGCCCGCGCUGAGGAUGCGGACCUUACGCCCGAGCAGCGGGCGGAGAAGGAGCAGGAGAGAAAGCGGGAAGAGAUGCGGAAGAUUAAGGAGGCUGAGGAAGAUGCGAUGUUGAAGGCGAUGGGGUUGCCGGUGCCGGAUCGGACGAAUGCGAAUCAAGAGCCGUUGGGGAUGGGGAAGGAGAAGCAGAGGGAGAUGAAUCAGGCGCUGAAGGAGGCGUUGGGGGAUGAUGAGGAUGGAGAGGUGGAGAAGGGCGUGGGCUUGGGAGGGAAGGGUGGUGUUGCUGAGGCUCAAGGUCGAAGGACGAUGGCAGGCGGAGACACCGGAGUCGAGACAGGGAGAGGAGACGGCGUGAUCACGACGAUGAUGACAGGGCUACCAAAAGGAGGGAGCGAUCAAGGUCAAGAUCACGGGAUCGGGAUCGGGAGAGACGACACAGGCGCCAUCGUUCCCGCGAACGUUCGGGGUCAAGAUCUGGUUCGCGGCAGGAGGAUCGACGAAGGAGGUCACGGAGUCGCGAUCGGCCACGAUACGAAGAGGACGCGAAGAGACGACGAGACCGAGAGCGCGAUCGAAAAGACCGGUCACGAAGUCGGGAAAGAGAUCACAGACGACGGGAGAGGAGCCGGACCAGAUCGAGGUCUCCUUAUGGACGGCGAAGGCACCGCGAUGAUCGAUGAGCUGGCUUGUUGUCCUGUCUAG